AUGAGUCCCACCAGUUGGACCCUCGAGGUGGAGUCCCAAGCCCCCGCCGCAAGGCUGUUCAAGACCUUCCUCGACUGGCACAACCUCGCUCCUAAGCUCGUCCCCAACAUCGUCGCAAGUGCCGCUGGUAUCCAAGGUGAUGGCGGUGUUGGAAGUAUCAGGCAGAUCAACUUCACGUCAGUAAUGCCUUUUGGCUAUGUGAAAGAGCGUCUGGACUUUGUGGACCAUGACAAGUUUGAGUGCAAGCAGAGCCUGGUCGAAGGUGGCGAUCUCGGGAAGAAGAUAGAGUCGGCAUCGUCCCAUUUCAAGUUCGAGCCAACCAGCAAGGGAGGGUGUGUGUGCAAGGUGGUCACAACCUAUAAGCCUUUGCCAGGAGUAGAGAUGAAGGAUGAGAUCACCAAGGGAAAGGAAGCAGUGACAGGGAUCAUCAAGGCCGCAGAGGCCUACCUCCUGGCCAACCCUAGGGCCUAUGCUUAA